CUUUUUUUUCCCUGGCGCUUGUCUCAGUCAGUGAUGCCCUCACCAUCCCUCAGAAAAACUCGGACAUUUCCCCAGAAGAAGACCAGCACCUUGAUUCCAGCAAUCUCGUCAAGCGCGGGUGCAUUCCCAGAAAGACCGCCGAUGUAUGCGCCGACGUUCCGACAGUGGAUUUCCUAGUCACAAAACCCAGCAGCACGGCAAGGUUGGAAAACGCGACUCGCUAUUCUACAGUGACUUGAGUGGUGGCGGGGCAAUUGCCAAGGCCUCAGAAUGGUACAGCAAGAAUGUUCGCAAGGGUCGGGGCUCUGUUGCCUUCAACGAUAUUGUCAAUAAAAAGUGGUAUGAGGCUCAGGGCAUGGAACUCGGACGACAAUCUCCGGCCAAGGUGGACCAAUUCCAGAAGCGGCUCUCACAGGCCUUCGCCGAGGCUUCCAAAGGCACCGUCUACUUUUUCACCAAGGAGGAAAAUGAGGGAACCUGUAUGCCAGAUACUCAAGCCUGGCGAGGGUGGGAAUUCCCGGCAUUGACGCGCAACCGGGACGUCAAGGAGAUUAUCCAAGUCGACCCAAGACAAGCUAUUGAUAAGGGGCAUGUUAUUUGGACACCGGCCGAUGGACCUUCGUACAAUGCGCCCCGGGGCUGAGAGCAGAUGCUUGGAUUGUGUAUAUUACGGGAU